GAAGCUAAAACAUCUGGAGAAAAAAAAAAAAAAAGACUCGAGGCGGAACCGAAAGGACCGUAAGUGUUUCUGGGGGAAACUUCCGUGAGACUUCCGGGGGACAAAGGCGCUAGCAGGGUUAGCUUCCAGGCUUCCAUCUGUUUAUCAUCGAUUAAAAGACGUGUUUUUAAAAAUUAUUAUUAUUAUUUUUGCUGUGUCAGUUGAAUAUUUAUGUGUCUACAAGAACAAUAAAUCUUCGGUUCAUCUCCAGAGAACAACUAGCUGGGAAACCCAAACCAUCUCGGAACCUCCAGGUUUUCUGUCUGGUUCCUGCUGAUCAAGGUCUCAUGACUGAAGAGAGAAACGCCACUCUUGACCACAAGAUGUCAAAUACCAUAAGAAUAAAACAGGAGGAACCAGAACUACAGCAGAUGGCUGAGACAAAAGAGGAACCAGAACCGGAGCCAACUAAAGAAAAACAUAUUGAACGGUGGGUUUUUCAGGAAGAGGGUCAAAUGUUAGUGAUGCACAAAACCAACACCUCCGUAGUGAUGCCCACUCAUGAGGAAAUACUCUACAACACACCAGGGCUGCCAAAGGUGAUGGAGACAAAGGAGGAACCAGAACCUGUGCUGAUUAAAGAAGAACAGGUGGAUCCGUGCAGUGAUCAGAAUGAAGCUCAGCUAAAGCAGGAUACUGACAGCAUCACAGUGACUUCUACUGAUGAGCAAAAUAACAGCAGUGAUCCAGAACUAAACAAGAACCAGCUCCUUCCUGCAAACCGCCCUGAACCCGAGAACCAACAUCAGCAAGGAAGCAACCAGGAAGACUCAGGAAGAGGAGAUCCGAAUCUGAGGCCAGAGAAGAGACAUCAGGACACCAGAAGUAACGGGGACAAUGUGGACAGUUCAGAACCAAAAAGACAGAAAGCAUAUAUGGCUUCUUGUGAAAUAUGUGGUAAACUCUUCAGAAUGGGUCCAAGCCCGCCUGACAACAUAAAAACCCACACGGGUGAGAAGCUGCAUCCUUGUGAAGUGUGUGGUAAAGCUUUUAGACACGGAGGUCAUUCAAAUAAAAACAAAAUAAUCUGCACAAGUGAAACUCCCAAAACCUAUAAACUACAUGGGAAAAUGUUUAGUAACAUUUUCCCAUGUAGUAAAGUGGAAAACACACAAGAGAAACUGUAUUAUUGUGAAGUGUGCGGUAAAGCUUUUAGAUGUGGAGGUCAUUCAAUUAAAAACAAAAUAAUCCACACCAGUAAAACCCAAAAUAAAUGUAUACUAUAUGCCAAAACAUCUAGCAACCAAGCUAGUAAAGUGGAAAACACACAAGAGAAACUGUAUACUUGUGAAGUGUGUGGUAAAGCAUUUAAAGCAUGUGACCGUUUGCCUUAUCACCUUCAAAAACGCAGAGGAAAGAAGCCUUUCUCAAGUCAGACUUGUGGAAAAAGUUUCACCUGGAACACUUCAGCUUUACAUAUAAGGUUUCAUACUGGUGAGAAACCACUUCCUUGUGAAGUGUGUGGUAAACAUUUAAAAUAAAUUCUCGGUUUGAGUGAUUCUAGUGAUUUGUGUGAUUAAUCGCUUUAGAGAAAACUGCAGUGAAUCAUGUCACCGUAGGAAAACAUGGCUGAAAACAGGUUCAUGUAA